GGUGCUGUCCGAGCCUCGUUACUCAGCCAGCCUAGGGGGCAGCAGCGGUGGUGCCCGACCGGAGUUCAUCGGUUGCUAGCCAGAGGAGUGCAUGGAGCCGGCGGUUUGGACAUUAUGAUUUCCAAUUCAUCUCGUUGAUCAAACCAUCAGGAAGUAUUUUUUGAAUACUGAAAAAAUAAUCUCUGAAAAUGGAGUGGGGAUCCUGGAUUUGUUGUGAGAAGAUGGCUGUCCUCCAUGGAGGGUUUCUGUUGGCUAAGAAGAAAAGUCAACAUGCAAUGCUUCUGGAAAUGAAGAAAUCUGAUUGGGCAACCUUAGGGAAACCUAUUGUUUGUGCUGUGCAAGAGAUCUGUGCCAAUGAGGCUGACGUGGUGCAGGGUCCUGGAAGAGCAAAGCUGUGGCAGAAGAAAGUGCUUGCAUUUGUGUGGGCGAAGCUGCUGAACUCUAAUGCAAAUGAAGUGAACAAUAAGGAGAAGAUAGAUUCAGAUGCUGAGUGUGACCGGAGAUGGAAGGAGGACCUCUUCUUUUCAGCAGAAGGCAUGAUUCCAGAGAUAAAUCACACUGUUUUAUUUGAGCUGGUAAAAUCAUUGGGGGCUGCAGAAGUCUUUGUUGAAUUGCUGUCCGUAUUGCCAGCAGGCACGUGCCACCUGGAGAUGACCCGUUUUCUGGACCAUGUUCUUGACGCCACUUCUGAUGAAGAUGUGGCAAUCUUUCUGGAUGUAUGGUGGGAACUACUGAAGCUAAAUGAAGGGCAGAAGGAUGAAAUUGUUCAAACAUUUGGAGAUGAGGUUAAAAAAUACCUGGCACGUUCAGCUGAUGAAUUUUGCCAUUCGUCCAAAAGACUCAAACUAGAUCCUGAUAUUUCUUACCUCCCUCCUGAAUCUUCAGGCAACCUGUCCAUUCCUUUCCUAUUUCUAGAUGGACUCAAGAAAAUGAAAGCUCAUGUAACACCGUAUGUUUAUAAGUGUUCUGCUCUAGUAAAACUGAUAGACACUUUGUGCAAGUCACUACUUUCUGACAGUAGUGUUGAGUUGUCUGCUGAGGUGUAUUUGCAGAAACUUUCCAAACUGAUUGUAUUAGGUAAUCCCAUGACCCAACUAUUUCCAGUUACAAAAAGUUUUGUCUGGAUUGUAAAGAAGUCAGAGAGGGAACUGAGAGCCUCUUACCAGAAGUCUGCGUUCCAAUUGCAACAGGGUGAAUUAGCUCCAGGGAUUGAAUUACUCGCAGAUAUCUUCCAGUCAUGGGCAACUGAAAUUCAAACCGAGCUGAAGAAUGACACCAACACUGAGAGGAGAAGCCUUGCUUUAUAUAGAAUAGUGGAAAGUUUGAAAUACUUAAAUCAAGUCAGUCCAUUGAUUCAAAAUUGCAAGAUGGUACCUCAAAAUACAAAGGAAAUUUUGUCUGAUGUGAUACUGAGUUCAUCCUCCUUUGUACAGAAGUUUGACUCCUGCAUGUUGUCGGAUGAUGCUGCUACCAUCGAUAAAGUGAAGAUGGCUGUGGCUUUAACGAUAAUUGAUAGUAGAAUGGAAAGAUAUGAAGAGAUCCGUGAUAUAUUUGCAUCAACUCCCAGUUGGGCUUUUUCAGAGAGUGGCUGGCUUGAUUGCCUUGAAAGAAAUAGAGAAAUUUUUCAAAGCACUGAUUUAGUUUUGAAGCUAGCUGGAACGCUUAAAGAUAGGUCACCUUGUACUUCUGCUGAACCAUCAAAAGUCAAACGAUUAAAGAACGUGAUUUUGGAUUGCCUGUCUGCUCUCUCGAUCUCAGACAAAAAUAAAGCCUUCUUGGGAGUGCUGUCUGCCUAUGGUGGCAAGGGCCUCUGUGGAGACGGUGGAGCUAUUAAGGAUUGGUUCGAGGAAGAGGUGAACAUGGUGUUCAAUUGUAUGACCCAGACCGAGGCAGUAAAUAGCAUUGAUAAAGCAGUGACUGCUGUCAUUAGGGUUGCAUUUUUAAAUCCAGAAACCACCCUGCAGAAAAUGUGCCACUUGGCUGCUGUGAACCUGGGUGCUCAUAAACUAUUUAGCAAGAUCCUGAAGAACCUACCAGCGCUGUCUUAUAAGGACGAUCAGUCCCCAGAAGGGAUAAACAUCUUGGCUCAGUGUCUCUUGGAAACCAGCAUUGACAGCCUUGCCAGCACCAAGGAGGAAAACCAGUUUCUUGAGUUCCUGACAUCCAUGAUGGAACCAGGAGAGGUAAUUGAUCAAGAUCCACCACUUCCUCUUCUCCAGCCUGCACAUGUUGUAAAGAUAUUUGUUCUUCCUUAUUUGACAGGAGGCAACUCCAAUAUCACGUUUCCUCUCAAGGUUCUUCACAGUGCUUUAAAAAUGCCUGUGACUGAUGAUGGAACCAAGGAGCACUGGCUACUCGCCUGCUGUCCAUUCCCUCUCAUUUAUGCUCUCUCUCAGCUCCUGGACAGCUGUAUCUUAUGCUGGGAGGAGGGUGGUGCUAAGACAUCUAAUUGUGUUUCAAUAGAAACAAAAGGUCUUCUGACUGAGACAUUGGAAAUGGUUUGUGAUGCUGUUGAACAGAUCAUUUCUGUAAAUCCAGAGAUGUGGUCAACUUCUGUUUGUUGGCUGUACAGGAAAACUGAACAGUUGGACUGGACCGUGCGCCUUUGGUUAAAAAGCAUCUUUGGGGGACAUUUUAAAUAUGAAGUACCUGCUACAUUGUUUGAGGUGUGUGAUCUUUCUGAUGAUGGUUGGUCACCCCUUAACCUUCCACAGUAUGGUCCAGGUACUGGGCUUCUGGCCUGGAUGGAAUGUUGUAGUGUUUCCACACACAUGACGGAGCAGAUGUUAUCCCAUCUAAGAGUUGAUGCCAAAAAUGUUCAGGAGGUCAACAUGUUCAGCAAGGGCUUUCUAAUUGCACUGAUCCAGCUCCUGCCUUGGUGCAGUUCAAGUGAAUGGAAACGUCUCAACCACGUUGUGAAGAGCCUUCUACAGCGUGAAUUACUUCAUGUGCCAUUUACUCUGGAAUAUGUUCAUUACCUGCCACUGCUUAAUCUCCGACCUUUUACACAUCACCUACAGUUCUCUCAGCUUCUGCUCCGUGCCUUUCAGCUGAUCUGCAGUUAUGGCUGCUCUGACUGGCUUCCAACAUCAGGGUGGAAGUAUGUUGCAAGACAGUGUGCUGGCAGCAUGUCGGACAUCUUAGAGUCAGUGAAGAGCAAACUCAAAGGAAUUGCAGCUCAGAAUCUUGAUGGAAAUCAAGAAGGUAUAUUUGUAAUUGUGCAACUUUUUUGUCACAUAAUUCAUAUUAUGGUAAUGAUGCCGACUGGGACCACUGAUUCUCUGUAUUAUGUAUCCUUGGAGCUGCUUUCUCAGUAUGAGACCCUGACUUUGAGCAAUACCUCUACUACUGGGUUACUUAACAAGGUCAAUGAAAAACACUUCCUCCACUCCAUUGCUGAGAAUCUGGUCAAUGAAGAACAGCGUUCAGUAUUACUGCAGAAAAUCAGUAAAAUAUGUUGAACUGAGUACAGUGAUAUGUGUUUAUCAUAGUGCUUGCUAUUGUUAGAGUUUUUAUCAAAAUAAAAUAAAUCUUUGUAUUUUGGAGUCUAAUUAAAGUCCUAGCUUUGCCAUUAGGAGACACGAGAUUCUGCAGGUGCUGGAAUUUGGAGCAACGCACACAAAAUGCUGGAGGAACUCAGCAGGUCAGGCAGC